GAAACUAGCGGACUACUGGAGCGCACGGAGAACUGACAGCUUGACAUCACGGUGGCUGGCACUUCGUGCGUCUGAGAGUACGGCUCUGAACUGACGUAUUAUUUUCCACCUGGGAGCUGACGAAAGUUGACAACUUUGAAAAUGCAGUCGGAAUCGGGGAUCGUGCCCGACUUUGAAGUCGGAGAGGAAUUUCACGAGGAGCCUAAAACGUAUUACGAGCUCAAGAGUCAGCCGCUGAAAAACAGUAAUCCAUCUGAGCAGCAGCAUGGCUCCUCUAAGCCCCCGCUGGGCUCGUCGGCCGUGACCUCUCGUAUCCUGCUCCGCCAGCAGCUGAUGCGCGAGCAGCUCCAAGAGCAGGAGCGGCGAGAGCAGCAGAGACGGCAGAGCUCGGCUUACGCACAGCCCUCCGUCACCCAGAGCCCCGCCAUCAACGUCAGCACGCCCGCCGGCCUGCCCAGUGCCACCCAGGUGCCCAUGGAAGUGCUGAAGGUUCAAACGCAUCUUGAAAAUCCCACAAAGUAUCACAUCCAGCAGGCUCAGAGGCAGCAAGUGAAGGCGUAUCUGUCCACCACACUGGGAGGAAAGCUCGGCUCUCAGGCCGUGAGCUUGCCGUGCCCCAGCCAGGUUCCUGACCACGGGGGAAUGCCUCCGGGGCCGGGCAACAGCGCCCCCAACAGUCCCAUGGCCUUACUGACCCUCAACUCCAACUGCGAGAAAGAGAUGGACAAUGUCAUCGAUGACAUCAUUAGUAUGGAAUCCAGUUACAAUGAUGAUUUCAUGGGACUCUCGUUGGACCCCGGACUUCAGAUGGCCAACACGAUCCCCGUGUCAGCGAACCUCUUGGACAUGUAUAGUAACCCAGGCAUGCCGCCUCCGGGAAUCUCUAUUAGUAACUCGUGCCCUGCUAACCUGCCCAACAUCAAAAGGGAAUUCUCUGUUACUACAUCUCCAGCCAUGAUGCAAAUGAUGGACAAGCCCAGCUCCUGUAGCAAGUUUGAGAGCUAUCAAAGGCCUGAAGGGUUUCCUGUGGAGGCAGAAGUUCGUGCUCUCGCAAAGGAAAGGCAAAAAAAGGACAACCAUAACUUAAUUGAGAGGCGACGGAGAUUCAACAUUAACGAUCGAAUCAAAGAACUGGGGACUCUGAUUCCUAAAUCAAAUGACCCGGACAUGCGCUGGAACAAGGGCACUAUUCUAAAGGCCUCUGUGGAUUACAUCAGGAAACUUCAGAGAGAACAGCAGCGCGCCAAAGAGCUGGAAAACCGUCAGAAGAAGCUAGAACACGCCAACCGCCACCUGAUGCUCAGGAUACAGGAGCUGGAAAUCCAGGCUCGUGCUCACGGACUGGCCGUCGCCUCGUCUACACUCUGCUCAUCAGAGCUAGCACCCCGGCCUAUCAAACAGGAGCCGGUCCUGGGCGACUGCACGCAGGAUAUGUACCCUCACGCGCACCUGUCUUGCCCCGACAUUGGCUGCUCCAGCACCCUAGACCUUAACGACGGCACAAUCACCUUUAACGACUCUAGCACUUCCACCGAUGCUUACGGUCUUGUCACAAAAGCACACGGCGCUAAACUCGACGACAUCCUGAUGGACGACACAUUGUCAUCUGUAGCAACAAACGACCCACUCCUCACCUCCGUGUCGUCCGGAGCCUCGAACGACAGCAGCUGUAAGGACAGCGUGAGCAUGGAAGAAAACGAGCAUGUUUGUUAGUGCAACAAAACAUUUGUUUGGCUGUUUAGGGCCGCUGGUCUUUGUUGCGUGAGAGGAAGAACCGCCCAUUUUGUCAAGUGCAAAAUAAUAUAAUUUUUAUGUUUACACUCAUUUUAUUUUUAUUUUUUUUUUUUGUAUUUUAACCUUAUUCCAGUUUUGUCUACCCAAAUUUCGUUGUGUUAUAAUAAUAUCAAAAUAAUCAAGGUCAGUAUGAUAAAAAGAUUGAUUUGUGUAACUUCACAUAGGUGUAUUAGAAUAUAAUUUAAUCAACUUUGGGAUAAUAUAAAAGUGCACUUGAAAAGUGAUUUCUUUGGUUGUACAGUAGCAUGUUUGCGUGUAGUUUAGAAGAAUAUUUCUCUUUUUUUAUAUAUUCUUGGGAAAGGAAUGAUUCAAGCAUAAUGCUUUCCAUUUAACGUGUAGAUAUUAAGCGUCAUAUAGUUGAUAUUUAAAGGGAUAGUUCACCCAAAAAUGAAAACUUGUCAAUUUACUCACCCUCAGACCAGCCAUUAAGGUCAAUUUUUCUUCAGUAGAACAGUAAAGAAGAUUUUUAGCUGAAAAUGUGGUCUUUGAUGAUUCAUAAAAUGCAAGUCAGUACUUUGAAAGUCAAAAAAGCAUAAACAUGCAGCACAAAUUUACUACCCAUGGCUCCUGACGAUAUAUUGAGGUCUUAUGAAGCAAAACAAUCAGUCUGUGCAAAAAACUGAUCGUUUUGCUUCAUAAGACCUCAGGAGCCAGGCAAAUAGGCCAGAGUGAUGUUAAAGGAGAAGUCCACUUCCAGAACAACAAUUUACAAAUAAUGUACUCACCCCCUUGUCAUCCAAGAUGUUGAUGUCUUUCUGUCUUCAGUCGUAAAGAAAUUAUGUUUUUUGAGGAAAACAUUUCAGCAUUUUUCUUCAUAUAAUGAACUUCAGUUGUGCCCCCCGAUUUUGAACUUCCAAAAUGUAGUUUAAAUGCAACUUCAAAAGGCUCUAAACGAUCGCAGCUGAGGAAGAAGGGUCUUAUCUAGCGAAAUGAUCUGUCAUUUUUUUAGAAAAAUAUUUUUUUUUUAUAUUUUUUAAGCACAAAAGCUCGUGUAGCACAGAUGCUGGGAUGCGUGUUCUUGAAUGAUUCGUUUAUUUUGAACAAAUCUUUAAUGUGACUCGGGAGUGACUCGGGGAGUGAUUCGUUCAGUCACGCAUGCACAACAUCCUCUUAGGUUCUGUACUGGAAUUAGUUCACCUGUUUCGAGUCUUUGGGUUUUUCGAGUCGUUCGUUCAUCUUAUGGGGCUGUCACGUGAUGAACGAACGACUCGACCCCAAAAACUUGUCAGAUAAGAGGUGAGGUGAGCUAAUCACAGACUAAAGACCCAGGUAAACAAUGAAUUAAUCUUUUCUGUUUCUUAUAGCAUUAUAGUUUUGUCUUGUUUGUAGUGUGAUCAACAUUUGUGUAAGCAGUAGAUGUGUUAGGGUGGUAACACGUAACAUUUUAAUUAUAUUUUGCUAAAAUGAAUAAAAUGACUCAAAAAAAAUAUUCGUUCAUUUUGCUGAACGAGACUCAAAGCUCCGAGUCGGUAAAAUGAUCCGAACUUCCCAUCACUACUACAAAUCACAUAAGUUCAUCGUCUGUGUACUCCGGCUAAAAAAGGUAGAGUAUGUCGAAAAACUCCAUGUUAUUUUCUCCUACAACUUCAGAAUCGUCCGACAUCGUUGUACCUUUUAGUUUGUAAACAGCGUUUGACUUACUUGCACUUCCUCAGUCUUUGCGCGUUCGCUUUGUAAACACUGGGUCUGUAGUUCCGCGUGACCUUUCGACGUGAUUCAAUAGUACGUGGACGUGCAUCCCAGAGCCUGAGAGCACCAUAUCAGGCCAUUAUAUGGAGAAAAAUCCUGAAAUGUUUCCCUCAAAAACCAUAAUUUCUUUACGACUGAAGACAGAAAGACAUG